UAUUUCUACUCUCAUCACUAACUAGUCCCAGCUGUUCGCGCUCUUUUCUUGCCGUAUAUUUGUGUAAUUAUUUAAUUAAUUGUUAAUUGUUUUUUUGACUAUGGAGUGUCCUAGCAGUCCUGUUUAUCAAACAAGCGUUGAGCAAAAGCGGCAAGCUCAAAGCGCGGCUAAAAGGCGACACUUGGGAAUGCCCAAAUUAAGGGAAAUGUUGCGUGAUAAAUGCCGCAUACGAAUUAUGGAUGCUCGUAAAAAUAACAUUGAUUCCAAUCGCACCCUUCAAUUAGCUGAACUGAAAGAAUUGUUGCGUUUGGAGCUAAUUGAGUUUGACCACGAUUUAGAACUGGAAAUGCAUAUAUUGGAGGAGCUACUUUCGGAUGUCAAUGAAUGGUAUGCCUUAGGAGAGCAAAGCCUAGAGACCCUGUAUGUGGAACCAGAUGCGUCGGCCACCGAACAAAUUGUUCUUUGUCCCGUGUGCCAGAUGAAGCCUUUAAGCAAGUUCAAAUCAUCGUCCUAUAUAUGUGAAUGUGGCAUUAAAUUUGAACAUUCUGCUGACUUAAAGCGACUGGAGCAAUUGCUUCAAAAACAGAUUACCACUCACGAGAUGAAUUGCACACAGGCCUUGUGCUUCUUCAUUGAACCCUCAACAAAUGCCCUAUACACCAUGUGUGGCACCUGUGACUAUUUCUCAUCUGUUUAAUUAUAGGAUUCUUUUUUUUUUUUUUUGUUAAGUUACACAAAUCAGAAUAUGUUAUAGAAAUUGUUCGCCAACUGUUUGUAAUAUGUAUACUAAACUAUUUGUAAAAUUAAGGAUAUUAUAGCUACUAGCAUCUAAAAUUGUAAUUGAUUAAUCUUUAAGAACUAAAAAAACCAUAUUGUUAAUUGAUUUGCCAAUUUUUAUAUGUAUGAAACUUUAGUUUACUUUAAGAAUUUCUAAUAAACAUAAUUUUCUUUCGCAA